AUGCCACGACCCAAGAAGCAACUAUGCUCAAAUCAUUCUAAUGAACCAGACCAACCUCCACGGCGCCGAGUUAAAAAACGUGAUGCAGAGGCUGAACAACAGUUUCAAAAGGAAGUCAAACAAGGAGCUCAAUUCCUGAAUGGCAUCCUUCCCAAAGAUCAAAACAAACGCAUCCCCCUACCCCCACCUAUUCCAAACAAUGAAAACGAAGCACCUCAUGACAAUCUAUAUGACCAUUAUAUGCCGAUCAUCUUACCUGCUAUCGAAGGAGAGCAACGGGAAGUCAAUGCUCCAGGUGGAGUUGAAGUCAAUGAUCUCAUCGCAAGAUUUGUCGCACAACAACGUGAAUAUCGGUAUGCGCGACGACAAGAAGAACUUCAGCAGCACUGGGACGGCCUCGAAAACCAACUUACCGCGGCUUACCUUCAGUGUCAGACCAGGACUUCCAACUGGACGGUCAAAUCCUCCUACCUUGAGGAUGUCAGUGAUGUUUGUGAAUGUACGGCGGACAGGUUCGCAGCAAAGGCUGUGCAAUUCUGUCGUUGCCUUCCGGAACCAGUUCAACUUGUGUAUAAGGGAUACGUUCCAGCUUCACCGAAGAAACCUCGGACUGCGUUCUCGAUCCCCUUACUACAGAUGUAUCAUUUUGUCUGGCAAACGUCUGUUGCAGCCGCUUCAAGUUUCUUUGAGGGCAUGAUGAAUUUCCACGACAGCCGAGUCCGCAAACCACUUCGGGGCCGAGGCGCUCCAGGAAAUUGA